GAUCCUUGGCUAAUGCAACCAUUGCUGUACUGAGAGAUGAAAUAGUGAUACUUGAUACUGUUCUUGAAUAAAAUUUUAAAAAUAAGUAUUUUUCUGUCAUAUGCCAUUUUGACUUCAGUGAGGGAUUUUACUUUUUCCACUACUGCCACAGUCAUAGAUCAUCAGCUGUUUAGGAUAUCAAGUCAUUGCAUCUCUUCCAAGCACAAUUGCACAAGAAAGAAAAUACAAAAUGGGAGCACUGUGGAUCCAUGAUUGAAGAAAGGAACCUCUCAUAGGAGUGCUAAUCAGUAGCUACACUGUAAUUCUGCUCUAUAUAUACUGUAGGAGCUGCACUUUAUUAUCUCAGUCAGUUUGCAGCACUCCUUUGCACACUGAUUGAAAGUCCUGCCACAAUGGCUUAGAAAAAAACAUUCAACAGCAGAAAAACAUCAAACAGUAGCAUGAUAACAAUAGCUUUAGACUGUGAAGUGAUGCUCACGGAGCACUGCAGCACCUCAACCUCACUGCUCCCUCUGUCCUUGGCUGUGGAUGAGAUGCUCUCCAUUUCGAUGUAUGUGUGAGAGAGAGGGGAGCCCUUUUACCAAAAUGAUCGAUUACAUAACACUAGGCAAUAAAUACAUAAAGACACACAGAUAAUAGUCCAAAAAUGGAUGAGAUGAAAGGCAGAGGUUCCUGCAUGGAUGGCACCAGUGUCCCUCGCACAGUACAUCCACGCCCCCCUCCUCUUUGUGAUGAUGAUGAGGGUGAUGGUGAUAUCACCACCCUCCCAUAGCAUUUCCAGAUCAAUGAGAGAGAGAGAGAGAGAGAGAGAGAGGUCUGUGUAUUUUCAGCCACACGCUGACAGCUGUGCAGCUACCCCAUGUACGUGCUUCAUAUCCGGAGAGGCAGUAAGAGAGAGAGGGAGAGAGGCUGGCGUCCCUGUGUUUUUUUUUAAUUCUUUUGCUCUGCAGACGCGUGCGUGUCAUAUCUGCUCCCGGAUUUCCCUUCAACUUUUUUUGUUUUGUUUUGUUUUUUGCGUUUUUUAUGCUGUUUUCACUGUCGCAUUCCUCCGUCCUCAAGAGUCUUUGGAAUGAACUGUUUUCCUGCGUCGUUUCCAUGUCAGCAUGGGAACUGCGGUGUCCAAAAGGAAGAAUUUAAGAAACGAUGCGAUAUCUUCCGUGGCAGCAAAAGUUAGAGCAGCACGAGCAUUUGGAGAGUACCUGUCUCACACACACCCUGAAAACCGAAACGGAUCAGCUCAUCUUCUGUGUGAAACCUUGGUGGGUCCCGACCCAGAGUCGCCAAGUGACACGAUUGGCCCCAAAAACAACAACCGUCCCUACUCCAACAGCACCAAGGGCUGCAAGGACAACCGGGAGCCCAGCCUGGUGAAACCCCCGCUGGGCGUAGUUCAGCCACCUCCCCCUUCCAUCACCAUCUCUACCAAGCCAACGCGGCUGUCCCUCGAGCGCAGCUUCUCAGCGGAGGAAGACCAGCAGAAGUGUGUCGAGUGCACCCUGCAGCCUGCCCGCGUGUACACCAUCACCACCCAGCGCGGUAUGCUGAUGAGCAGCGGCCGGGGCAGCAAGGAGAGCCUAGAACUGGACGUCCUGAAGGAGAAGUCGGGGAGUGGCGGGGUGGGAUCCAGAGGUGGCUUGAUCCAGCCCUCCACUUCCCCUUCCUCCGCCUCAUCAUCUCCAACCCAGUACCACCAUGCCAGCAGUGGCCGUGGUGGCAGCCACCAUCACCGCGGUAACCCUCACCAUGGGAACCACCACCACCACACCAUCUCGGGCACCAAUGCGCCUUCCAGCAGUGGAGGAAGUAGCGGGGCAAGUGGAAGCAGCAGUAGCAACCAGCAGCAGUCUUUAACCGUCGCUGGAUCCCACUCCCAUGUAUCACACCACCACAGCCAUCACCAUCACCUGUCUCAACCCCCACUGCAGACCUCUGUCAGCGCCCACAAUAUCCGCAGCUGGGGCGAGGGUGGAAAAGGGGAGGCGGAGUGCAGCGGGCUGGCCUGUGACUCGUGCAGCGGCGCCCCCUCCCGGAGCCAGGGCUCCCUGGACCUGGAGAGCGCGUCCCGAGAGGCAGGCAAGCAGCACCGACGCCUAGAGCGGAUGUGGAGUGUGGACCGGGUGACUGGGCUGGAGAGAGAGGACACUAACUGGUUCCCCAAGGAAAAUAUGUUCAGCUUUCAAACUGCCACAACAACCAUGCAGGCGAUAUCGAACUUCCGGAAGCAUCUUCGGAUGGUGGGCAGCAGGAGGAUUAAAGCACAGACAUUCGCUGAGCGUAGAUCGAAGAGUUUCAGCCGUUCCUGGAGUGACCCCACCCCUGUCAAGACUGACUCUCCUCAUGAACCCAGAGACAGUGGAGACCUGCAGGCCUCCUGUGGUACCCUGGAUGAAGGAGGCCUCGAGGACAGUAUAGACUGGGAGGAGGAGAGAGAGAUGGAGAGGCUGGCCUGUGAAGGAGACGACUUUGUACCUCCCAAAAUCAUGCUGAUCUCUUCUAAGGUCCCCAAAGCGGAGUACGUUCCCACUAUAAUCCGCAGAGAUGACCCCUCCAUCAUCCCCAUCCUCUAUGACCAUGAACAUGCAACUUUUGAUGAUAUUUUGGAGGAAAUAGAGAAGAAGCUCACAGCUUACAGGAGAGGCAGCAAGUUCUGGAGGAUGCUCAUCUUUUGUCAGGGAGGCCCUGGCCACCUGUAUUUACUGAAGAAUAAAGUGGCAACUUUUGCUAAGGUGGAAAAGGAGGAGGACAUGAGCCAAUUCUGGAGGAGGCUUAGUCGCUUCAUGAGUAAAGUCAACCCAGAACCCAACCUCAUCCACAUAAUGGGAUGCUAUGUCCUGGGCAACCCCAAUGGAGAGAAGCUGUUCCAGAAACUGAAGAAUCUGAUGAGGCCUUAUUCUGUCGAGUUUGAGUCACCGCUGGAGCUGUCUGCACAGGGCAAAGAGAUGAUUGAGAUGUACUUCGACUUCCGCCUCUAUCGGCUUUGGAAGACACGCCAGCACUCCAAACUCUUAGACUAUGAGGAUUUUUUGUGACGAAGAAACCUGGAUAAUGGGUGCAGCGGAGCCCUCCAGUGCCACGAGGAACCUGUUAAAACUAAUCCAAUGACUGAACACAGCUCAACUGUAGUGCUCGACCCGCCAACUCAAUAUAAACAGUCAUACCUGCUUUCAGGUACUAGGAGAGGAAGAAGAGGGAUGGCAGGACAAGGAGGCUGAGGACAAACUAAAAUAUGCUGUGCCUCUGCUCCACCUCAUUUUCAGAGUAAGGAUCGAAGACUAACAAAAAGGGCCGAAAAAAUCCGCAUAAAAGAAAAAAAUUAGAGAAAAGCAGAGACAACGGGACUGUCCACGUCUUAGUCACCAACUCUCUUUGCCUCUUAAGUUUGAAAGCAAAAAGGAGAAUCAAAAAUUCAAAUGUGUAAAAAAGAAAUACCACUUUAGUCACACCUCUGUUGUAAGGACAUACUUUUUGAGGCUGAUGUGCUUCAGAAAAAUCGCUGAAACUCAUUCUGUCAUAAUGUGGUUCUGUUUUUUGACUGGACCUCUCAAAUAAUCUCAGAACCCGCAAACAUACAUACACAUAAAUAACCCAUAUGUCGAUGUGUGUAUAUAUAUAUAUAUAUAUAUAUAUAUAUAUAUAUAUAUAUAUAUAUAUAUAUAUAUAUCACAUGAAUAUAUUAGCAUAGCUUUAGUCAUGCAAAUAAUACUCCAUAUGAGAAUAAUGAUGCAUCACUUAUUUUUGAUGUGCAUUGUUGUGCAGUUUCAUAUGGAAAUACUUUGGAAUAACUCAGGUUUUAGCCAUGAAAUAAUUAAUCUGUUUGUCUAUUCUAUCAAGAUAUUGUAAUCUUCAUCGCCAUCGCUUGGAAUGAAUGUAUUAUCUCCCUAGAAAUGUAUCUUCGGUUUGAGGAACUGAGCUUCAUGUUUUGGUAAAAUAACAAAAAAAAGUACAUUGUGCUGAUUUUGUGUGUGAGUGUGUGCGUGUGAGCGUGUUUUACAUGUUAACAAAAAAAGACAACAUGCAGAUGUGUUGUGUGCAUUUCCGCUUCUCUGUUAAAGCAAAAAUAAUUGUUUAUCACCUUCAUCCCCCCAAUUUUUCUCUCUUUCUGUAACAUACACACAAAGGCAUUCUAGUAUGAUUCAUGAUGUCAAGAGGGAUGUAACAGCCAUCCAAGUGCUCCUACAACUCUAGUGUAGGAAUUGCCCUAUUGAUCCCUCCUGCUCUUUGCAGAAGGUUCAGGCCACUUAGUCAGCCCCUGUCAACGGUGCCAGCUGCUCUCACUAUCUGCCAAACACUCUUGGCUUCUCUUAAUGGCAGCCAAACGAGCUUCCACCACCUCUCACUUCACUGGGCUGUGAUCCAGUCUGAGGACCGGAGCUCUCUGAAUUGAACAGAUCUGCCAGGAGUUUAAGCUGUUAACAGCCAUCUGCUGCCCCUGCCAGGUGUCAGCUAGUUAAAAGGCCAGAAAUAUGCACUGAGUGUGUGUCUGUGUCUGAGACGCACUACCCGAGUGACCUGAGCGAUCUCAAAUAGAUUAAGGAUGGUUUAAUGUGGAGAGCAGCAGCAUAUAGCCUACUGCUGGACAGCAAUCUGAAACAAUGUGCAAGUGCUCGCUCACACACACACACAAAACACCAGUGCUGGGACGAAAAGAAGCUUUAAGACGUCAAUAAAUCAGGACAAAAUUAAAGGGGCACUCCACACAGUUUACAAAUGAAGUCAGUUUAUUUGUCAUGAGGAAUACUACUCAGCCUGUGAAAACAUUUGUAUGAUGUCUUCUGUGAGGGAAGAUUUCUAUAGUCUGAGAAAAUAAUAUCUCAGCUUUGACUUGAAACUCCAAAUUUAUAACUGAAAGCCUGCGUUACGAACUGGCAGUGUGGCAUUUGAAAGACGUUUACCAGGCGUAGAGAGGGUCUAAUGAAAGACGCUAUCAAGUUGUAUUAUGGGAAGUGGUUCAACCUCCCAACUUUAUGGAAAUGCCAUACUAAAUCACUUAGUACCCCUUUAAUAUAUUUUUAAGAACAGUAUUCAACAGAACAGUUUUCAAAUUUGCCUUAUGUUAAAAUAGGAUGGUGACACUCCAGAAGCACAACAAAUCUCAAUACUCUAGCCUCAGUGUACCAUUUGAAUUUUUCAGGUUGCCAUGUUUCUGCAAAAGGCUCUGAUGAAGGCAGAUUUGCUUAAAUGCUUCAACCUAACAAAUAAGUUGAGGCCAGAAUAUUGAGCGUUUGUGCUUCUGGAGUGCUGCCAUCCCAGUUUUUAUGUGUCUGCACUUUUCAACUUUUUCAAAAUGCUGCUAUAUUUCAGGCGUAAUUUUCCAAAUGUGGCAGCAAUCCAAGGAGACAUCGCUAAGUCACGCCACGGCUCACUUCUCAGCCAAUCACAGCAGUGUCCCACAAUGACAUCAGCCCCUGAAUGUCAGCAAAACACCGCUGUAGAGCAACACUGCCAAGUGUGAUUUUGCGUCAUUGAGUGUUCGAGAGGUGAUAGGCGUGCAGAAAGUCCAGAGUGCACAAGGAAAAAGAUAGUAGUUACUGAAUAGAUUUCAGUGGUCCCAGCCCUACAUAGCACACACACACACACACACACACACACACACACACACAAACAUACACACAGGCAAAGAUAUUCUACAUCUGUGUAUGGUAAAUACUUUUCCAUUUGUCAUUAUUUGUGUGGAUGUGUUAAUAUUUGGAACAUUAUGUGCAGACGUUUUUGUGUUAAAAGUCAACCAGUCUCACUGGAGUGCUCUCUAUCUCUCUACUAGCAGAACUCUGGUUUUUAUUUGCUUUUGCCCUCUCUCUGACAUUGCAGUGCUGGCCUACAGUUUGUCUGGCACAGACAAGUGCUCUCUCAGCCUGAGUCAUGCAGUUUCACUACAGAUUUAAAAUUAAAAACUUACACAACCUGUCAUAUCAUUGAGCCAUUUUAAUUCCAGCAGAAGCAUUAAGCUGCCAAAUUCUCAAAGAUGUUGCACAGCUGCUGGGUUUAAUGGAAUAUUUUUCCUGGACUUUACCCUGGCAUAACUUUCAGAUCAGAAACAUGGACACUGGUUCAUUUAAAGCAAAGCAGUAAUGUGAUGGAUUCAGAUCCAUCUAUAAAGAAAUUACUGGUAAUUAAUCUUCUGUUUGAAUUUAUUGGGCUAAACUGACCAUGAUGUGAAGAGCACUCUGACUCAGGAGUUUGAGAGAGCUUUCUUGUUUUCUUCUUGAGCAAAAAAAACAUAAUUUCACCGGAAAUCUAAUUAAAGAUGCAAACGUGUCUAUUUGUUUCUCUCAGUCUGUGUUGUACUAUUUGCCUUUUCAUUUCACAUAUUAUAAAAAUCAAACAAAAAAGGA